AUGGAAGAAACCAUGAGAAGACAUUCAUUCUCAGCCACAACCGACGCCCCUGCUCCGCCGCCUUUCAAUCCUUCGACACCGGCAGUUCCGAUAUCUUACCCUUUGAAGACGCUGGACGAAUUGGAGUCGCGGGCCUACUUCAAAUCCUUUCAUUUUCCGUUCAAUCAGUCCUCCGUGAAGCUUCCGGCGCCAGCUGGCGGCGCUGAUGGUUCUUUGCCGCAGCGCCCCCGGAUUCUGGUGUGCCAUGACAUGGCGGGUGGGUAUACCGACGAUAAAUAUGUACAGGGCGGAACAAAUGCUGAUGCUUACGCGAUCUGGCAUUGGUAUUUGAUUGAUGUAUUUGUUUAUUUUUCCCAUAAUUUGGUCGCUUUACCGCCUCCUUGCUGGACUAAUACCGCUCACAAACACGGUGUUAAGGUAUGGUUAUGAGAUUUUCGUGCUCUACGAUUGAUGAUUGAUUGUUCACAAAACUGAUUGCGUGCUC